AUUGGACAGGGAGCUGAUCCAAUACCAUGUUCAGUUUCCAGCCAUCACUACCAGGGUUACAGUCUCUCACGGGGACCAGCCUCUGAAUUCUCUCCUCUCCUGGGAAACACUGCUCUGUCUCUCCACACCCAUCCACUGACGAAAAGAGAGGAGAGGGUACGACAGGAGCCACAAUGACAGAAUUAACAUGUAGGAGGCAGGAAUUUAAAAAGUGUCGGAGUGCAACUAUCAGCAUUGAUGGCUUCAGCUUCACCAUUGUUGCCAAUAAGGCAGUGGAAGGCACCAUCUGUCCACAAGCCCGCAUUUCACGCUCAUGGUCCCAGAAUGCACUAUGCACCGCUGUCACAGCUGGCAUCUCUGACCACAAAGGACUUCUGGUCAGUCUGCGCAGUGCUGAGGAGGUACUGGCUGAUGAGCUGCCAAUCCCUGAUGCACCUGACGCCAUGGAGAAGACUGCGCUCAGGUUGCGAUGUCUUGUAAAGCAGCUGGAGAGGGGCGAGGCGUCUGUGCUGGUUCUGAAGAAAAACCUGGAGAAUGCUGCCUCAGUCCUUGAAAGUCUAUACAUUGAGGAGACCAGGCGGCUGUUGGAUCAGGAGGAUGAGCUCAGGGAUAUCCAGUCAGAAUCUGUACCAUCAGAGGUUCGGGACUGGCUGGCCUCCACUUUCACUCGUCAAAAGGGCCUGAUUUUUCACUGCCAUGAAGAUAAGCCACGCUUCCGCAGCAUUGUCCAUGUAGUGCAGGCUGGAAUCUUCGUAGAAAGGAUGUACAGACGAAACUCCAUCAUGGCUGGUUUCAGCUAUCCGCCAAAUGUCAUCACUGUGCUCAAGCAUAUAGAUGUGUGGUCCUUUGAUGUAUUUGAACUGAAUGAUGCGAGUGGAGACCAUGCUCUGAGAUUUGUCUUCUGUGAAAUACUCACCAGAUACGACUUGAUAAAUCGUUUUAAGGUCCCGGUUUCUGCUCUCCUGUCAUUUAUGGACUCAUUGGAAAUGGGCUACAGAAAAUAUAAGAACCCCUACCACAACCUGAUCCAUGCUGCUGAUGUCACUCAGACUAUCCAUUUCCUGAUACUCAACACGGGCAUGGUGCACUGGCUAACUGAGUUGGAGAUAUUUGCCAUCAUCUUUGCAGCUGCCAUCCAUGACUAUGAACAUACAGGGACCACCAAUAACUUCCAUAUUCAAACCAGAUCUGACACAGCCAUGUUGUACAAUGACCGAGCUGUUCUAGAGAACCACCAUGUCAGUGCAGCCUAUCGCCUUCUUCAGGAUGAUGAUGAAAAAAACAUCUUCUCCAAUCUUAACAAAGAGGACUGGAGAGAUCUGAGAGCUUUGGUAGUGGAGAUGGUGUUGGCCACUGAUAUGUCCUGCCACUUUCAGCAGAUCAAAUCCAUGAAAAGCCUCCUGCAGCAGCCUGAGGCGAUUGACAAACCAAAGGCGUUAUCUUUGCUGCUGCACACUGCUGACAUCAGCCACCCUGCAAAACGUUGGGAACUCCAUCAGCAGUGGACCACAUCAUUACUGGAGGAGUUCUUCAGGCAGGGCGAUAAAGAAGCAGAGCUGGGUCUACCUUUCUCCCCUCUAUGUGACCGUACCUCAACAAUGGUGGCACAGUCCCAGAUUGGAUUCAUUGACUUCAUUGUGGAGCCAACAUUUACUGUAUUGACUGAGAUGAUUGAGACAAUUGUGACACCAGUUAUUGAGGAGGUAUCUCGCUCUGGAUUGGCCAGCUUCGACCACUCCAGUAUUAAGGGCUGUGAAGGACAGCAUUCGAGUGUGAAAAAUGCAGGUUCAGGGGCCAGUAGCUCCCUGACCACAGUCGACUUCAAGAGCUUCAAGGUCACAUGGAACCAAGAGAUUCAUCACAACAGGGAAUUAUGGAAGUCCAAGGAAGCGAAAGACCCUCAACCUGACUGCCCUUUGGUUCAUUACUGUAAAAAACCUAGCUACUGUGUCAGGUCCUACCAGCUCAUAAGGCCAAAGGCCACUGAAAGGGGGCCCAUUGAUGCAAGGGAGAAGGCCAGGAGACUGCAGCACAUCUCCCUGCAUCACCGAAAGUGAAGGCGGUUAAGCUGCCUUCUAUUACAACUGAUUAAUAAUAAUGAUAAACAAUAAUUCCAUAUAGGUUCUCCCUGUGUCACCUCCAUCUCUUUUUGUGUGGUCAUGCAGUUCACUUAAAUCACUCCUGUUUAGAUCAAGGGUUCUUCUGUGUGUUUUUUUUAUCAAUGUGUCUGACUGGCGUGCAAACAUGACACAAGAAAAUAUUACUUUUUUGUAAUAAAACACAAAGGUGGCACUCACUGAAUCAGCUUGAAUCAAAAUUGUGCUUCCCUUCACCAAUGUGCAUUUAGCUUUGUAUUACUAGAAUAGGGUAGCAUUUAUAAGAGUAGAAGAGGAAGAGGACACACACAAUGGAUCCAUGCUGCCGCUGUUCUGGAGUAGUGAAAACUAUAUUGAAGCUUGAUUUACAAACCAUUCCACCGAUGCUCCAUUGCAACCCACUUCACACCCAUUUGUUUUCUUUAUUAUUAAAAAGAGACCCAGAAGACAGACACAGACUAACUCUUGCAACUGGUUAUACAAGCCCCUCCCUCGUCCAAACACCUGUUCCUAACUGUCCAAAACAGGUGAAAAACAGAGAAAGCAAUGUGUUUCAAAGUUGUCGUAUUUCAGAAAACGGUUGAUAAUACAGGUUAAAUGUUUGGUUUGAAUGUCAGGAGGCUUUCAGGGGCUCUCACACUUAAAUUUGUGGAAAACGGGUGUAAAUUAACAGACGUUGCAUUGUAACCAUAGUGACAAAAAUCACAGAAAUCUGCUAUGCAAAUCAAUAGGGAGUUCUCAUUGCUUUGUUUUGCCUACCAUGCACUCUAAUAACUCUAAUUUACUCACCUCUCAGAACAUUGUUCGUUUGCCAUCUUGCUCGACAGAUUGCUAGCUUGUUAAGGAUGGGGAGGAAGUUCCCGACUGACUUUGUCUUCAAAUAAACAAAUAAAACAAA